AUGACUCUCCCCAACGUCCGUCUCGGCCUCGCUGCCGGUGGCCAUGCCCACAACGACGUCCUGCACCGCCGUGGUAGGUAUCACAUGUGGGAUGGGGGCGAGGGACGGACACCACACACCACCACCCUGGACCGCGCGCUCACAACGGACCUCGGCUGUACCAACCUCUACACGUACCCCAACUCGUCGACGACCGUCGACGCCACCCUGCCCGUCACGUUCAAGUGGGACACCACUUGCAACGUCAACUCGGACCUCAUUGACCUGUACAUCUACGAGCCCAGCGCGUCCAACGCGCUCCUCAAGGCCUACGUCGGCGUCACCUUUUCCACUGGCUACUACACCGCCCAGCUCCAGCCCUCGUGGUGGAACGACACCGAGUCGGUCCAGCUCUAUGUCACCAUUCUCAAGAACGGUGGAGCGGUCUGGGACACGACUUGGUCCAACGGUCCCACUUUUACGGCCACCUACUCGGCCCAGGCAAUGUACUCUGUCACCACCUCGAACGGCGUAGUGUACACUUCAACCGCACCCGGUGCGGCUACCGGCACUGGAAACGCCGUCUUUGAGACAGUCAACGCCACCACUGGCAAAAAGUCCAACAAGGGCGUGAUUGCCGUCGCGGUUAUCAUUCCCAUUGUCGUUCUCGCCGGUCUUGCUGCUGUUGCCUUCUACUUUUACCGUCUCAAGGAGAAGGAAAAGCUCAAGCGCUGGUCGCAGGCGCUCAGCCAGCAUUCGGCCAUGGAGUGGGAAAAGGGCGCUCUUCCCGGCGACCAGCGCGGUUCCGCUUAUGGCCGUCCCAGCUCGGCGUACUCGCGCUCGGCUGGCCGCCCCAGCACUGGCUACGGUCGUCCCAGCACUGGUUACGGCCGCCCUUCGAUGAACUCGCAGGGCCGUCCCGCGUCCUCGGUCAUGAUGGAGAACAUGGCUGGAGCCGGCACUUUCCGCCCCUUCCCUGGUGGUGCCGAGGAGGGCCCCAGUCGCUCGUCCGUUGUCAUGGCCGACGGUCACGUUCGCCAGUCGCGUAUCUCUUUCGCCGACCAGGUUCGCCCUCGUCUCUCUGCCGGCGACCAGCACCGCCCGCGCGUUGCCUCCGGUCUCAACCACGACGCAGCGGCUGCUGUCUAUGCCUCUGGUUCGGCCAUCGACGACCGCGAGCUCACCAACGUCUCCCCGACCCAGAUGGACGGCCCUGCUGGCUUUGGCGACGCCGAGAUUCGCCGUGCUGCUACUGGUACUCGUACUGGUCGCGCCAGCAUUGGCCAGUCUGGCGACGUCCGCUCAAUGCUCAAGGCCCGCGGCUCCGUGGACGAACUGCGCGACAUGGAGGCCGUCAUGUUUGUUACUCACCCUGACGACACUGUUGAAUCUCUGCACAUGGACGACGACCCUUCCUCGCCCACUGACGGCAACAAUGGCCAGCCCACCGUUGCCUAUGGUCCCGACCAAAUGCUGGCAGUCUACGCUCAGCGCGGCAAGGCCGCAUCGCCUACUCCGGACAGCAUGCCGUCUGCACCGCCCCUGGCCGUCACCAAAGCCAAGGAGACUGUCAAGCGCUUCCUCACGCGCAAGGGACCCAAGGUGCCCACCAUCGAGAUUGACCGUAGCGCCGCCUCGCCCUCGCCUGAAAUGAACAUGCGGAGCAUGGUUCACAUGCACAACGGCACCGCCUCUGGACAGGCAGUGGACUCGCUGCCUGCACCUGGCCCCCACUAG